AUGCAUCUAGACCUUCCCAAUGAAGUGCUGAGCCAUAUAUUCAGCUUUAUCCUGACAGAUAAGCAGAAACACCAUCUUUCAGAAGAUUGGCUCAUCGACACCUGGUCAGUCCGCCUCGUCUGCCGCCAAUGGAACGACCUCGCCACCAAACACCUCUUCCACACGUUAACACUCUGGCACAACGUAAACACGAUCGAAGAUGAAUUUUCUUCAUGGCACCAUUUGCUGGAUUCGCCGGCCAUUCGAGCUGCGGCUCGCUGCGUCGCUAUUGAGACUGCUUCACCAGAAGAUUAUGGAGGUUGCGAUAUUUCCGCAUGGCCUGAAUCAUGGAUCGAAGAGGGUGAGUUUCCGGAGUUUAUCUCGGCUAUUGACAGAAUUGCGGAAUUACCGAAUCUCAACGCCUUGGAAGUGCGAUUCCAGGGCCUUUGCAAAGGACGAGAACCGCAAGAAGAAGAGUUCCCGAACAGUCAAGGUCCACAGCCGGAACCGUCUAUUACACGAAUUCAAACCUUGGAAGCUGUUAUAAAGGCGAUGAGAAAGCGUGCUGAGUCACCUAACAUGAGCAUCAUCUGCGAAUUGGUCUUGGACAAUCUACAGAACAUGCCGUUGGAGAAGGAUCUUACCGAUGGUCUUCUUGAGAAUAUCCAGCGUCUGCACAUCUUUAUGACUCGUGAAUCGCACUCCAGGCCAGAUGUCUACCUUCCCGAAAUGCGCGAGUUUGAACCAUAUCUAGAAAAGACACUUUUGCCGACUGUGGCUGACCGGCUCGUCGAGCUGACUCUGUCUGGGUUUGGAUGGGGUGCCAUCCCUGGGACAUUCAACCCACACAAUAGCGGAAUAUCAUUACCGAGACUGAAGUUUUUGACCCUAGAUGGGUAUCGUGUUAUUCAGCCCGGCCAGGUCGAAUGGAUACUUCACCAGAAGACUCUCACUAGCCUUCAUUUUCACAACUGUACCAUCGCGUCGCAUUGUCUUGUGCUUCAGCCUGAAUUUUCGUUCUGGGAUGUAAGUCUGGAAGGCUGGAAAUGGGUGGCCGAAGUCCCUGCCGAGGAAGAACUGGAACGCUACGAGCGACAACCAAUACCUCACAGACCAUAUUCAAAACAACUCAAGCCUGGGUGGUAUAUCAACACUAUGCGAUGGGAUACUGUUUUUGAUGACAUACGUGAGAAAUUACCACAGUUGAAGGAUUUCAGGUACGACAGGAAAAGCCGGUUUGUGUUCUUCCGACAUUAUGAAUUAGACGUCCAUGCCGAGGCACUGGUGAACAGGUACCUUGCUUUUGCUCAGCGUUGGCUUGAGCUGCCAGUAGACUAUUUCACAGUCGGCUGCCACCAUGUACAAGAGAAUAUGCUGGGGAAGCCAGAAGAGUUACUAGCGCUUACAGAGCCGGCUGAUCGUCAGGCGUUGAACAGGUUACUUCAGACGACCAUGGAGAGACGAUAUGGACGAAAGGUCUAA